AUGGGUACCCAGGCUUCCAAGCACGAGCGGGCUCACUCUGGGAGGAAGGCUUCUAGAAAGCCAUCCCCGUCCCAGAGGGACCCUGACUCUCCUCUCGAAUUUGUAAUCAUCCAUUGGAAGUCGAUUCCUGGCCACAAACUUCUGUCAAAACGAAAACUAGAGAACCUCUGCACAGAAAUCUGGCCCGCCAACACCACUUCCGCCCGACCAGAAUUGCGUUGGCCAAAGGGAGGUUCGUUUAACGAAGACCGACUGAAACACCUAAAGAGACACUUAAUGGAAGAAAAACCCCGCCAGUUAGAAUACUUGGCAGCCUUCGAGACAGUUAAAGGACUACUCCAAGUCUCGAAGGGAACACCAUCGUAUCAGCUGCCCAUAUUAAAUCCCGGAAGGCAGCCUAUGCCCCCCCCUUACGAAGGACACUUCGCGGAUGAUACAGUGGAACAAGCCCUGGUUCCCUUUUACUAUAGGGAACCGACACCACCCAUCCCUAGCGACAGCUCGGAUAGUGACGAGGAAACGGGGGAUGGAGGGGCACGAGGAAGUAAGAACCAGAGGCUCACGAGGUUACAAGCCAAAAAGAAGAACCCCAUCAUAGGAACCCGUAGCCUUACAGAGAGCCCUAUAGAAGGAACCGAAGAAACCCCGGGAACUUCUGGACAGGAAAGCUCCACAGUGGUCCAGAUGCCCCUAAGGGCCCUACCGAUUCCACCCAUCCAACCCAACGGGGCUCCCCGGAUGGUUUAUACGCACCAGCCCUUUUAUACUGCCGACCUAGUAACCUGGUCGAAUCAAAUGCCCUCUCUAAGGGAUGACCCAGAUAAAUGCCAUCGCCAGAUCAGCGCCAUCUUUUCCACUCACAACCCCACUUGGCCAGAUGUCCACGUCCUUUUAAACGCCCUAUUCAAUGAAGCUGAAAAAGCGGACAUUCUGACCAAAGCCGGAGAGGCCAUAGAGUCACCAGACUACCAGAGGGGACGUCCCGAGGCAUUAGCGGCUCUCUCAGCCCAGUGCCUGCGUAUAGAACCUACAUGGGACUACAAUACCACCGACGGGAUUUGGUGCUUGAAUCUAUUUAAGAAAGCUAUCUUAAACGGUGUAAAAGCCGCUGGACAGCGUACUGUCAAUUGGACGAAGGUCCAGACUGUACUACAGGGACCAAAUGAACAUCCAUCGGAUUAUUACACUAGAUUGGUCUCCGCCAUCAAGACCUGGGGAGGGAUAGACCCGGAGAACCCCCAACAUGAAGUGAUCGUUAAGGGUUUCUUCAAAGACCAGGCCAGCCCAGAUAUAAGAAAAGCCCUAAAUCUCCAAAUAGGAUAUGAUGGGAAGAGCGUUAGCGAAAUCUUAUCCAUCGCCAAAUCAGUUUAUAAUUCUCGAGAUGAAAGGAAACGAAAGGAGGCUAAACCUGAGAUCGAACAAAUCUUAGCGCUGAGCAUGGAGCCUAGCCCCAGCCGGGGCAGAGGUUUCAACCGAGGGAGGGGGGGCCGGGGAGGAGGACCCCCCGCUCCCCACAGACCAUGGGGACCCAACACCGGAGGAUGCUAUUACUGCCAAGAAGAGGGACACAUAAAAAGGUUUUGCCCCUACCUAAACACCACAACCUAUGGAGUACAAGGCUCUAAACCCUUUCCUGCUCAGACCAAUUAUCCUCCUUUCCCGACGCGCCCACAUCCCAGCAUAACCCAGGGAUAUGGCAACCAACAACCUACCAUGCAAGCACCUCCAAACCAACGACCUCAACCGGGCACACAGAUUCAAAUGCCCACCAUGACUCCAACCACUCAUUCUUGGGCAAAUGCCACCGCUCCUCCCUUACACCCCCGAACCAGCCACCUCCUGAAGAUCAAGACACAUACUGACAACUAA